AUGUUGAGAAAAAAGAGAGAGAGCGAAAGAGAGAGAGCAUUUAUAGAGAAUGGAAGCAGGGUACUUGAGAAGCUGGUUUCCACUUGUAAUGGCAAACCUAUUCCCAUCCGUACCUUCUCCUUUGCAGAGAUAAGCAACGCCACAAAUAACUUUGAUCCUCAACUUGUUAUACGUGAAGUGUGGGCUUAUCAAUGGUACAAAGGUUAUCUUGAAGGCCGAACUAUUUCCAUUAAGAAAGCGAUACAUGACUGUGCAAAGGAGGAGGUGCUCACUGAUUUAGCAUUUUCUGCAAAGGUGAGUGCUCACAAGAAUGUUCUAAAGCUCGUUGGUUGCUGCCUUGAGACUCCAAUUGUCAUUUUAGUGCAUGAAUUUGCUGGGAAGGGGAUCCUGAAGGAUCUUAUUGUCGCCGAUAAUGAGCCCCUGACGUGGGAGAGUAAGCUAAAGAUGGCAAGAGAGAGUGCUCAUGCAAUUUCAUAUCUCCACACUGCAUUCUCUAGACCCAUCAUCCAUACCGGUAUUGGACUACAUAAUAUCUUCAUAGACUGCCAUGGGGUUCCAAAACUAACUGAUUUUUCAAAUUCUUUAAAAAUCCCCGAGGGUGAAACCAUGUCAAGGAUGAUUCUGAUGAAUGGGAAUUUUCUAGGACUAUGAGAGAAGUAUGCCCCAACUAUAGGGAGACGAGGUGCAUAACAGAGAAAACUGACGUCUAUUGAUUCGGUUGGACUCUCUUGCA